AUGGGCUUUUCGGAGAUUGUCCGCGGUUAUGGCAAUAGGGUUUGGCACCGGAAUGGUGUAUUAUGGCAUGCCCUUAGCCUUGGGAAGCCUGAACUUCAAUCUCUACCUGACAUUAUGUCUGUGCUGAAAGGGAUGAAUCCAAUAUGGACAAGAUUACAAAUUGGGUUCGAGCUUGUGUCUUUUUUCAGCGCCUGCUCAGCGUUCAAUGUCUUGCUUAUAUUUAUGAUUGAGCUAUUUCCCACGUGCGUGAGAAACUCGGCUCUGUCGAUGGUGAGGCAAGCGGUGGUGUUGGGUGGUGUGUUUAGUCCGAUGCUGGCGGCCGCUGGGAGAGCCAAUGGCGGGUUUUUGUCGUAUGGAGUGUUUGGGGUUGUGGUUGGGGUUUGUGGGUUGUUUGCUUUAUGUUUGCCAGAGACAAGAGGCUGUGGGAUUUGUGAUACGAUGGAUGAACAAGAGUACAAAGACACAGCUGCUUGUAACGCGGUUGGUCGUGUCUAG